AUGACAUCCGAAACUUUUUCAAACGUUAUUCUUACAAAUGAAUGUUAUGAUGAGAUUUUUCAACAUUUACUUAACGAUAAUGAUAAAAAUACAUUACAUUCUUCUUUAUUAGUUAAUAGAUCUUUUUGCAGAAAAAUCGUGCCAUUAUUGUGGAGCAAACCAUUUUCAUUAUUGAAAUUGGAUCCAUCAAAAUCAUUUAUAAAAACUUUUGUAUUGUGUCUCAACUCAAAUGAAAAAUUUAAAUUAUUCAAUAAUAUCCUUAAAAUUAAGGAUAAAGUAAUCGAAGAAUAUUCAGCUUUAUUCGAUUAUCCAGCAUUAAUUAGAGAAUUAGAUUUCUGGGGAUUAUAUGAAUGUGUAAGGAUUUGGGUACAAGAGGUUCGUUCAAAGUCCAUCAGGAUUGAAUCAUGGACAAAUGAUACGACAUUUUAUUUAAUUAAAGUUCUCAUCAGGCGUGGACAACAUAUUAAUUACUUGAAUUUGAUUAACAACGACAAGAUAAUUGAAAUUCCACCUAUAACACGUUUAUAUAAAGCUGACGUUGCAUUUUCGGAACUUCAAUAUCUUUAUUGUGGUGGUUAUAAUGCGGAUGUAAAGUCAUAUCCUAAAUUAAUGGAAUAUUGUAAAAACAUAAUGGAGAUAGAUAUAGUACAUUAUCACAAAUCAUCUGAUUCAAGUUUGGCUGCCUUAAUUAGGUCACAACGUGGAUUAAAAAAGAUAACUUAUCGAUCUGUUUCUGGGGGAACAUGGCGAUUGGUAGCUGCUCUAUCUCAGACACAUUUUCUUAAAUCCGUAAGCUUUAUUUGUACAGACUUUGCCGAUACUUCAUCAAGAGGUUUGAUUACAUGUGAUAAUUUGGAAGUGUUAGAAUUACUUGAUUGUAGAGGAAAUGAUUUUGAAAAAUUUUGGAAGCCAAUCAUGGAAAGAUCAAAGUUUCGGUUAAAAAAACUCUCUUUGGCACGUACUUCUAUUAAUAAGGAAGCGAUUGAGAUACUUAUCCGAAAUGCUGGUGAAAAGCUUGAAGAAAUAACCGUUGAUUAUAUUGUUACUUCAACGAUUCCUCGUUUUCUGGAAAUGUUGGUCGAGAAUUGUCCAAAUAUUGUUUAUCUCAAACUUUUCCUUCUUCAUCCUGAAGAGUUGACCACGUUAUUGUCUACAAUUUCAGUUGCUUUUAAACUCAAACAACUUGUCAUUCGGACAUCUGAUAUGGAUGUUACAUCGAUUUUACCUGGACUAGCAAAACUGGUCCCGUCUUCGCUUCGUUUGCUUGAUAUGGAUAUGAUGAUUUCAUCAAAGGCGUUACAAGAGUUUUUAAAUGAAUGUGAAGCACCAAUCCAACGACUGAUUUUGAAUGCUGGUCAUACAAUAACCGAUGAUCAUAUAAUGAUUCUUAUUCAGUAUGCAAAAGAAAGAGGAUGUUUAAAGUCAUUGGGAUAUACUUAUAGGACAUUGAGUUGGAAUUUAUCUAGUUGUGUUUCCCAAGAAGUUGAAAAUAAAGCAAAAGAAUUGAUUUCUUUUUAUAAUCCCGAAGAUCCUGCUGAUUUUCUAUUUCCAUUAGAUAGGAAUGAUGAAUUAAUAGGGUCUGAUACUUGGGACUAA